UAAUAUUGAAAUUUUAAAUCUAUAUUUACCUGCAUUUAAUUAAAACAAUAAAAGAGAAGCCAACAGAAAAAUAAUUUAUUCUUGACACAAAAUUCUUAAAUUUUAAUAGUGAAAUAGCAAAAAAAAAUUUAUUCAAAAUGAAUUUGAUGCUUGGACCAUUAGCUCAAGGUGCUCUUUUGUUAAGCAUUAUUUAUUGGUAUUCAAAAACUAUGAUGGGUAUGAUUAAUGAAUAUUAUCGUGAUGAAUUGAAGAAAACUCUUUCUGAUGUACCUGAUACUUAUCCUAAUGAAAUUACCGAAAUUGUUGAAGAAAAAGAGGAUGAUGAUGUAACAUUAAAAACACCAUAUGUAUCAUCACCAACAACCGAUGGAAUUCCUGAUAUUCUUAAAGAAGCUGCUGCAAAUAAUGGUGACAAUGGUAUUUUAACAAGAGCUUUUAGUGAUAAUAAUAAUAAAGAAAAAACACAAGAAUCAUUCCAAUUGAAUCAAGACGAUAAUCUAUUAAAUGAAAGAUUUUCAAUUUUGUUGAGAGAACGAGAGGAAGAAAAACAAAAGGAAAAACAAUAUGAAAAUCAACAAAUUGAAGAGGAUGAAAAGAAACAAGAAUAUAGAGAUGAAGAAAAACAAAAUAACGUUCAAAAUGAAAAUGAAAAUCUUGACGGCAAAAAAUUACAAACAAAUUUCCCUUCAAUUAUUGAUAAUGACAAACAUCAAUUGUGUGAAAAAUAUUCUAUAAGAAAUGAACAAAAAUUAUUAGAUUUUAAUUUGGAAAAUUUAUGUUUCCCAUCCGGAAAACAACUCAAUAAUUUUGAGGUUCAAGAUAAUGUUGGUAAUAUGAAAGAAAAUGAAUAUAUUAAAAAAACAAAAUCAUCUGAAUUAUCAAAUUCUUCUUAUUCUACAAAAUCAAAAAAUCCUUUAACAUUACAAAAUGAAAAGGAAUUUAUUAAAAUUGAAAAUUCAAUUUUAAAAUCAUCAACAGCGGAUGAAUUAGAUUAUAUAACUGUCAGAAAUCAAUAUAAUAAAAAUGUAAAGCCAUCAUAUCAACAGUCAUCAUCCAACAAUAAACUACAGCCCCAAACAACAAAAAAUUUCAAAAAUGAAGAGGAGCUUGAAGAAAAAAAUGAAAAUUUCCCGUUAAAACAAAAUUUAAAAAAUAAAAAUUUUCCAUUAAAACCGGAUAAAAGUAAUGAACUUAAGCAAAAUUAUUUACAACAUGAAUUAAAUGUCGAAAAUCAAAAUGAUAACAGUAUUUCUGUAAAUUCUAAAAUCAAAAACAAAAAUAAUAUAAAAUCAAAAUAUCCUUAUCCAACGACUAGUGAUAAUAAAAAUAUUUUUCAAUCAUAUAAUUCUGUUGUUGAUGACGGAAAACGCGACGGAAAUUAUAAUUUUCUUGGUGAAAAUUCAUUUAAAAAGAAAAAUCAUCAAAUAAAAAUGAGAAAUAGCUUAAGUUCUUUUAGUAGCAUCAGUACUAUUAGCACUGACAGUGAUGAUGAUAAUAAUAACGAUGGCAAUAUAAAUGAUAAUUUCAAUCACCAACCAUCAUAUAAUAAAAUUUCAUCAUCUAAAUCAAAAAAGCGAUCGUACAGUGCAAGUGUUUCAGAUAAUAUUGAUGUAAUAUCAAAAGUUCAUGUAAAAUCUUUAUCAACGUCAUCAUCAAUUUCAUCAACAUCAUCUCUUGAAUCUCGCCGUAGUAAUGGCAGUUAUAAAAAGAAAUUUAAUAAUAAAAUUUUAACUAACAGAGAUUUAAAUUGCAGAAGAAAAUCAGUUAGUGAAUAUAUUGAAUUUUGGUCCAAUUUGAAGUAAUUAAUUUGAUUUCAGAAAAAAAAAAGAAAACAAAGAAAAACAGAAAACAAAUUGCUUUUAUUGACUUUUCAAUAUUUAUAUUCAGUUCGUAUGGGCGCA